AUGACCGCGAAACUUCUAUUCUGUGCUCUCUUCCUGCUCUUCUGUACAAAUGUGGCGGCAAAAAGCGAUCCGGAGCUUCAUAUGACUACGGUAGGAUGCUGUAUGCUACUUUUUGAGAAAUUUUUUCGUACAGCCUCAAAUCAUCGAACGAUGGGGCUAUCCGGUGAUGAUCUACUCGGUGACGACCGAUGACGGAUACAUUUUGGAGCUACACAGAAUUCCGCAUGGAAAAAGUAAUCUAUAGAUAUGACUGAAAAGAACAUUUUCGAAAUGACCAAAUUUCUCAGCAAAUGUGACGUGGCCAAGUGGAAAGCAGCCAGUAAUCUUCAUGCAACACGGACUCCUGUGCGCCUCCAGCGACUGGACCAUGAACCUGCCCGAGCAGAGUGCCGCGUUCAUCUUCGCCGACGCCGGAUUCGACGUGUGGCUCGGCAACAUGCGUGGCAACACGUACAGCAUGAAGCACACGAAUCUGAAGCCGUCGCACGCGGACUUUUGGGAGUGGAGUUGGGACGAAAUGGCCGCCUACGACCUUCCGGCGAUGAUCGACAAGGUGCUGGAGGUGACGGGACACGAGAACCUGUACUAUAUGGGGCAUUCGCAAGGAACGCUCACCAUGUUCAGUCAUUUGUCAAAAGACGAUGGAAGUUUCGGGAAGAAAAUCAAAAAGUUCUUCGCGUUGGCGCCAGUUGGAGCUGUCAAGAACAUCAAGGGAUUCAUGUCAUUCUUCGCGCACUAUUUCUCGUUGGAGUUCGAUGUGAGUUGGUUUUUAGGAAUACUCCAAUACCGUUUAUUCAAGACGCUGUAUUUUAAAUACCGGUAGACAAUGUGCAAAAUCUCUCAAUGAACAAUAUGUUAGUUGACAACUUUUUGAUAUCUUCACUGACAACGGAGAUCUAUUGUCCGCAAUGAACGGCGUUAGGAAAAUUUAGUUGCGAAACGAAAAGUGAUGUAAGUCAGCUGCCGGUGGAGAUAUCAAAACGUUGUCAACUGAUAAAUUGCUCAAAAAACAUAUUUUGCACAUUUUAUCAGUUGACUACUUUUUGAUAUCUGCAGUGGCAGCUGAGGUACGUCCUUUUGAAUAGACGUGUUAAAGUGUUUGUGUUUACAAAGUCGAACUUUGCAUGAUAAAAGUAGCCCGAACGAUACAAAAAGCUGUGCAGGGUUGGUUCGACGUCUUCGGCGCCGGCGAGUUCCUUCCCAACAACUGGGCGAUGAAACUGGCGGCAAAAGACAUUUGCGGAGGACUCCAAAUCGAAUCGGAUCUCUGCGACAACGUCUGCUUCCUCAUCGCCGGUCCGGAAAGCGAUCAGUGGAAUUCGACGCGUGUGCCAGUGUACGCGUCGCAUGAUCCGGCAGGAACGGCCACUCAGAACAUUGUGCACUGGAUCCAGAUGGUCCGACAUGGAGCAGUUCCGGCCUACGACUGGGGCAGCAAGGAGAACAAGAAGAAGUACGGACAGGUGAGAGACAAUUGUUUUUGUGCUUCGGAAAUGAUUAAUUCAAGGCAAAUCCGCCAGAGUACGACUUUACGGCCAUCAAAAACGUGCAGAUCUACUUGUACUGGAGCGACGCUGACUGGUUGGCUGACAAGCAAGACAUCACCGAUUUCCUGCUGACCCGAUUGAAUCCUGCCGUGAUUACUGUAAGUGGCUCGAUUUCCACACUGAUUCGAUGUUUCUUUCCGCAGCAAAACAACUAUUUCACGGACUACAAUCACUUUGAUUUCGUGUUCGGACUUCGUGCUCCGCAAGACAUUUACCGUCCGAUUGUGGACAUUUGUACCAAGGACUAUAACGGAAAUUGA